AUGUCUCUUCCAACGCUGGAUUACCGAUCGACCUUGAUUCCGGGCUCCAUUACACCUGCCACUCAGGAAACACACCAUCGCAAACCAACUUUCGAGCCCUCUGGACCAUACUGGACUGCUCCCUUCCGGGACGGUCUGCCUACUCCCCCAGGCGACAUGACCGGCUUGACUUACAAUGCCGUUCCACCUUUCAACUAUGGAUCCAAGGCACACGGGCUAGUGGGACUACCCUCUCACGCCUAUGGCAAUUCGCGUCCACACUUCGACUCGAUCUCGUCUUCGAUGAUGCCAGCAACGAAGCCACACACCCAGCCCGUACCUGCGAAAGAAGCCCCAGCCCCGGAACCAGUACAGAAGAAAUCCUCAGGAACGACUGGUGGCUCACAAUUACGGAUCCCCUCCUCAAUAAAUAACACAAAGGGCAGCCUGGCCGAGUUUGCAGCUCAGAUGACCUGCCUCUUCUGGUUCGAGAAGACAUCCAAACUCCAAUCCAUUGAAGAUCGACGCAAUCCAGCACCUUCACUUGUCCCCGAGGCGAUCCCCACGGUCGGUUUUCAGAAAUGGGUAUCUACGAUUUUGUCGACCACACAAGUCAGCCAGAACGUCAUUUUGCUUGCUCUUCUUUUCGUCUAUCGUCUGAAGAAGUUUAAUGCGAGUGUAAAGGGCAAGAAAGGCAGUGAAUUUCGACUGAUGACGGUCGCUCUGAUGCUGGGCAAUAAAUUUCUGGACGAUAAUACCUACACCAAUAAGACGUGGGCCGAGGUCUCGGGCAUCGCAGUGCAGGAGAUCCACAUCAUGGAAGUCGAGUUCCUCAGCAACAUCCGUUACGACCUCUUCUCUUCCGAGGCCGAAUGGGCCCGAUGGCACAACAAGCUCGGUCUUUUCGGUGACUUCUUCAACAAAGCUUCCCUGCUGCCCCUCGAGAACGAUGUCCCUGUGCUGCAGCUCUCGCCGCCGCGUCUGCAGCCCCAGUCGCCCGCUUCCAAGCUACCUUCGCCCCAAUCCGAUGUGCUUCGACCACACUCGCAGCCCAAUUGGUUUCCUUCAGGUUCCGGACUUCCCUAUCCUACGCCUUCGUAUCUCGGGGAUACGCCCCAGAGCAGCUCUCGCAAGCGGAGCCGGGAUGAAGACACCGAGCUGCACCCAACCAAACGCAUUGCUCGAACGACGGCCCUUCCUACUCCUGCCUUGACUGUUCCCACCUCCAUGGCUGGGAUUCCCACUCUGCCGCCAAUGACCCCUACUUCCGCUCCCAUUGCCCAUACUCAAAUGCCUGGUCCUGUUUCACGACUCCCACCUCCUAACCUACCACCUUCUUCCAACCCAAUGGUGCAAACUCUUUCUUCUUCCGCCAUGUCUCAACUUCCCGCUCUGGUUCCUCCCGUCUACAAUCGUUCUCAGACGUGGGCCCAGCAAAUUCCAUCUACCCACCUCUCCGCAGUACCAUCUGGAGUGUACAACGCCCCAUCGCUCCCCGAUAUUGGCCGCCACCACCAGGUCCCCUACGGUGUGUCAUCUGGCACUGUCUCCCCAGCUGUUUCUGCCUACUCCGUCCACACCCCUCAAACGCAUCUCUCUCCAUCUUUCUUCCUCGCCAACCGUAACUCUCCUUAUCGCCCUGUUCGCUCCGUCAACACCUUGUUGAUCCCACCUCCCACCUCUUCUCUUCAGCCACAGCGCAGUGUCCCGUUUGAUCACAUGCACUACCAACCCCUGGGGAAGACAUCGGCCGAUCGCAAGACGGGCUUAUUGCCCUAUAUACAGCCUGAUGCAUGGAACCACGGAUCCUUUCAACCCUACUUCCCUUCCUCGCAGCCUUUCGCAGGCUAA